CGCACUCGCACAUAGAACUGAGUACGCAUCGCCUGAGCCAACGAAUUAUUCCUCCUGUCUUCUUUCGCUUCGCCUCCCACAAUCUCUGCCAUCACCUGGAUUCGCCAAGCAUCCUUCACACGCACGGCUCACCACUCCCACCGCAGUGCCCAGCCAUUUUCUUCAUCGAGCUUUCUGCUUUCCCCCCCUUAUCUUGUGUUCCCCUUUGCAACACUUUCAAUUCUUUGACUACGGGUUCUUUUUAAUACCCCCUAUCUCCGCUCCUCUCUUCCAUUUCUUAUCCUCCCCUUCCCCUUCCCCCCUCACCACCGUGGUCUCUUUUAUCAACCACAUUAUCCACAAUGGGCGGUUCUCAGUCAGAGGACUCCUUUGAGUUCGUGGACACCCCGCCAGCGUCGACACCUCAACCGGCAUCCGACUCUUGCGGUGUCCGGACCACUGACUAUCCGGCUAUUCCAAAUGCGCCACUCCCUGCUGAAGGCUCAGGGAACGACUCCUGGUCCAACAUGCUCAUGUUUGGACUCUUGCUUGGCGUCCCCUACUACCUGAAGUACAAGGUUGGCGGUGGAUUCAAGACAUUUUUGUUUUUCGCCCUGAUCGUGGAUCUUCCGAUCCUGGUUGGGUUCUGGGUUGUCAUGUCCACGUAUUCGCCGAGGAAGAAUGAGAAAGUCAAGCUCCCUGGAAAGGGUGUUGAGCACUAUCUCCAGUUCCACAAGCAAGAGGAUGCCGUGAAAUACAAGGGUGGUACUAAGAUUCCUAUGGAAGUUUUCUAUGAAAUGUAUUUUGAGGGCGAUGUUUCCUUCAAGGGAGACUGCUUGGAAAUUCUUGAACACCGUCACGACUGGGCCAAUUUCCAAUUUACAAAGGGUCUUUUCAAGCACUUUUUGUUGGGCAUGAUUCCGGAGUUGCUUGUGCACUCCCGCUCUCAGGAUGAGGAACAGGUCCGUGAUCAUUACGACCGUGGUGAUGACUUUUAUGGUUGGUUCUUGGGCCCACGCAUGAUCUACACUUCCGGUCUUAUUUCCGACAUCCACAAGGAGGAGUCUCUCGAACAGCUCCAGGACAACAAGCUCAAGGUCGUUUGUGAGAAAAUUGAUCUCAAGAAUGGUGACCGUAUGCUCGAUCUUGGCUGUGGAUGGGGCACUCUCGCUCGCUUCGCUUCCAAGAGCUAUGGCGCUCACGUUACCGGUAUCACCCUCGGUCGCAACCAAACCGCAUGGGGAAACUCUGGCCUCCGCCGUGAUGGAAUCAAGGAAUCUCAAUCGAAAAUUCUGUGCAUGGAUUACCGUGAUACUCCCGUGCCCGCUGGAAAAUAUAAUAAGAUCACUUGCUUGGAAAUGGCCGAACACGUCGGCGUCAGACACUUUGGAGCGUUCCUGAAUCAGGUUUACAACAUGCUCGAGGAUGAUGGAACCUUGUUCUUGCAGAUCGCUGGUUUGAGAAAGUCUUGGCAGUUCGAGGACCUCAUUUGGGGAUUGUUUAUGAACAAAUAUGUAUUCCCCGGUGCUGAUGCUUCUACUCCUCUUGGUUGGUUCGUUGAUAAACUCGAGGGUGCUGGUUUCGAAGUUAAGAGCGUUGAUACUAUCGGAGUUCACUACAGCGCUACUCUCUGGAGGUGGUACAGAAACUGGAUGGCAAACCGCGAGAAGGUUGAGGCCAAGUAUGGGAACAGGUGGUUUCGCAUCUGGGAAUUCUUCCUUGCCUACUCGAGCAUUAUCUCUCGCCAGGGUAGUGCUACUUGCUACCAGAUUGUCCUCCACAAGAACUUGAACGCUUUCCAUCGUGUUGAGGGCAUUAGCACCCAGUACCAGCUCUCCGGAGCUCUUUCUGUUAAGAGGGAUUAAAAUUUUGUUGUCUUGCAUUUCAAAUUUCGGGGCGCUAUUUGGUUUCAAAAUAGUGGGCAGGUGAAAAAAGUAUUGUAAGCAUACACUGGUAUAUAGACGGCGGUGGUGGGGCUCCCACGGAAAAGCGAAACGAGCAGUGUUUAUAAUUGUCAAUUAAUACGAACAUUCAAUUCUGCGUGAAUUGGAGGUAUGCUGGUUGGUAUCAA